UCAUAUUUGAUAACUUAAUGCUGUUAUAACUUAUACGUUAACUAUGUUUGGAACAUCUGUGGAGUGUGGAAGUAGUUCUUACAUGACACUUUAUGCAACUCAAAUUCAUGUAAUUAUUCUUAUUUUUACACGGUUUGAAAGAGAGAUACCGAAGUAAAUCUUGUACCUGACUUCUAGUGAUCGAGGAGACAUACAUUGCAUACUGAACCAUGUUUGUUGUUGUCCAUGCAUUCAGAAGGAAAUGGGAACUCAUCAAAAAUGGUUUACGUGAUCAUUUCUGUUCCAUGUGUUUCUGUUGGGCUAGCCAGUAUUGGUUUAUAUUUUCUCAUUAUGAAAGCUAGGAAGAAAAAGAAUAAUGCUAAUAGGAGCGCCCUUUCAUCUCUACUAAAGAGACACCACAGUGCAAAAUUAGCCCAAACCGGGUCAGCUGAAAUGGAAAUUAGUACAGUAGGAUCCAUACAGUUUGAUCUGCGUACCAUUGAAGCAGCCACCAAGAACUUUUGCAUUGAAAACAAGAUUGGUGAAGGAGGUUUUGGCCCUGUUUAUAAGGGUGUUCUUGCCAAUGGAAUGGAAGUCGCUGUCAAGAGAUUAUCAAAAUCAUCCGGACAAGGCUCACAUGAGUUUGUAAACGAAGUCAUUUUGAUGGCAAAGCUCCAACAUCGAAAUCUUGUUAGGAUGUUAGGAUUUUGCCUUGAAGACGACGAGAAGUUACUAAUCUAUGAUUACAUUUCCAACAAAAGUCUCGACUACUUCCUUUUUGAUCCAAAUAGGAAUGGGCCCUUAGAUUGGCCAAAACGCUAUAAAAUCAUUGAAGGAAUUGCUAAAGGAAUGCUUUAUUUACAUCAAGAUUCACGGCUAAGAAUCAUCCAUCGUGAUCUAAAAUCUAGCAAUAUCUUGCUAGACCUGGAGAUGAAUGCUAAAAUUUCUGAUUUUGGGAUAGCAAGGAUCUUUGGAGUGGAUCAAACUCAAGCCAACACCAAACGAAUUGUUGGAACAUAUGGCUACAUGUCUCCUGAGUAUGCAGUUCAUGGACAUUUUUCUGUGAAGUCGGAUGUAUUUGCUUUUGGUGUUGUAGUCCUUGAGAUCAUCACAGGAAAGAAAAGUUCAAGCUUUUUUGAUCAAGAAGAUCGUGAUGAUCUUCCACAUUUUGCUUGGAAGAAAUGGAUGGAAGGAACAACAAUGGACCUUAUGGAUCCAACAAUGGUUGAAACUUGUUCGGAUGAUGAAGCAGUGAGAUGUAUAAACAUUGGGUUGCUAUGUGUGCAAGAAGAUGUGGAUGCAAGGCCUUCUAUGUCUUAUGUUUUGAACAUGCUCAACAAUUAUUCCAUCACUCUGCCAUCUCCUAAAAGACCUCCCCAUUAUCUUUUUAUUAGACCCGAGUCAUAUAUUUCGACUUGCAAGUCUGUUCCUAGAUCAACAGAUGAAUCGAUGAUUACAACCAUACAUCCACGGUAAUGACAUACAUGACUACACGCGGUACUUCUCGAACUCUGUUUUGCAACUCUGUUUUUGUAAAUAUCGAUGAUUGUGUUGGAUAAAGAGGGCUGGUAUAGAAAAGGAGAUAAAAUGAUUUUGGUUUUACGUGUAGAGUUAUCGAUCAUGCACAUUUCUAUGAAUUUGCAUCGAGUAUUAAGUUCA